GUAAUUAAAUGUGCAGGAUGAAAAGAUGGCACAGGCACUGCUGGUACCCCCAGGACCUGAAAGCUUCCGCCUUUUUACCAGAGAAUCUCUCGCUACCAUUGAAAAACGUGCUGCAGAAGAGAAAGCCAAGAAGCCCAAGAGAGAACAAGACACUGAUGAUGACAACAAGCCAAAGCCAAACAGUGAUUUGGAAGCUGGGAAGAACCUUCCAUUUAUUUAUGGAGACAUCCCUCCAGGCAUGGUUUCAGAGCCACUGGAGGACCUGGACCCGUACUACAUUAGUAAGAAAACUUUUAUAGUAUUGAAUAAAGGGAAGGCAAUAUUCCGAUUCAGCGCCACCUCAGCCUUGUAUAUUUUAACUCCGCUAAACCCUGUUAGGAAAAUUGCUAUUAAGAUUUUGGUACAUUCUUUAUUCAGCAUGCUUAUUAUGUGCACUAUUUUGACCAACUGUGUAUUUAUGACUUUGAGUAACCCUCCAGACUGGACAAAGAAUGUAGAGUACACAUUCACUGGAAUCUAUACCUUUGAGUCACUUAUAAAAAUCUUGGCAAGAGGGUUUUGCUUAGAUGAUUUUACAUUCCUUCGUGAUCCAUGGAACUGGCUGGAUUUCAGUGUCAUUGUGAUGGCAUAUGUGACAGAAUUUGUGGACCUGGGCAAUGUUUCAGCAUUGAGAACAUUCAGAGUUCUCCGAGCAUUGAAAACAAUUUCAGUCAUUCCAGGUUUAAAGACCAUUGUGGGGGCCCUGAUCCAGUCUGUGAAGAAGCUCUCUGAUGUCAUGAUCUUGACUGUAUUCUGCCUGAGUGUGUUUGCUCUAAUUGGUCUGCAGCUGUUCAUGGGCAACCUGCGGAAUAAAUGCUUGCAAUGGCCCCCAAGCGAUUCUGCUUUUGAAACCAACACCACCUCCUUUUUUAAUGGCACAAUGAAUUCAAACGGGACAUUUGUUAAUGUAACAAUGAGCACAUUUAACUGGAAGGACUACAUUGAAGAUGACAGUCACUUUUAUGUUUUGGAUGGACAAAAAGACCCUUUACUCUGUGGAAAUGGCUCAGAUGCAGGCCAGUGCCCGGAAGGAUACAUCUGUGUGAAGGCUGGUCGAAAUCCUAACUAUGGCUACACAAGCUUUGACACUUUUAGCUGGGCUUUCUUGUCUCUAUUUCGACUCAUGACUCAAGACUACUGGGAAAACCUUUAUCAGCUGACAUUACGUGCUGCUGGAAAAACGUACAUGAUAUUUUUUGUCCUGGUGAUUUUCUUGGGUUCUUUUUAUUUGGUGAAUUUGAUCUUGGCUGUGGUGGCCAUGGCCUAUGAGGAACAGAAUCAGGCCACCUUAGAAGAGGCAGAACAGAAAGAAGCUGAAUUUCAGCAAAUGCUUGAACAGAUUAAAAAGCAACAGGAAGAAGCUCAGGCAGUUGCAGCAGCAUCAGCUGCUUCAAGAGAUUUCAGUGGAAUAGGUGGGUUGGGAGAACUCCUGGAAAGUUCUUCAGAAGCAUCAAAAUUAAGCUCCAAAAGUGCUAAAGAAUGGAGGAACCGAAGAAAGAAAAGAAGGCAGAGGGAACAUCUUGAAGGAAACAACAGAGAGGGAAACAGGUUUCCCAAGUCUGAAUCUGAGGACAGUGUCAAAAGAAGAAGCUUCCUUUUCUCCAUGGAUGGAAACCGACUGACUAGUGACAAGAAAUUCUACUCCCCUCAUCAGUCUCUGUUAAGUAUCCGUGGCUCCCUGUUUUCCCCACGACGCAACAGCAAAACAAGCAUUUUCAGCUUCAGAGGUCGGGCAAAGGAUGUCGGUUCUGAAAAUGACUUUGCUGAUGAUGAACACAGUACAUUUGAAGACAGCGAGAGCAGGAGAGACUCACUGUUUGUGCCGCACAGACACGGAGAGCGACGCAACAGUAACGUUAGUCAGGCCAGUAUGUCAUCCAGGAUGGUGCCAGGGCUUCCAGCAAAUGGGAAGAUGCACAGCACUGUGGAUUGCAAUGGUGUGGUUUCCUUGGUGGGUGGACCGUCAGCUCUAACCUCACCUACUGGACAACUUCUGCCAGAGGUGAUAAUAGAUAAUAAAUUAGCUAUUACUGACCAGGGCACCACCACUGAAACAGAAGUCAGAAAGAGAAGGCUAAGUUCUUACCAGAUUUCAAUGGAGAUGCUAGAGGAUUCCUCUGGAAGGCAAAGAGCCAUGAGCAUAGCCAGCAUCCUGACUAACACAAUGGAGGAACUUGAAGAAUCUAGGCAGAAAUGUCCACCGUGCUGGUACAGAUUUGCCAAUAUGUUCUUGAUCUGGGACUGCUGUGAUGCAUGGUUAAAAGUAAAACAUCUUGUGAAUUUAAUCGUUAUGGAUCCAUUUGUUGAUCUUGCCAUAACUAUUUGCAUCGUCUUAAAUACCCUCUUCAUGGCCAUGGAGCACUACCCAAUGACUGGUCAAUUCAGUAGUGUGUUGACUGUAGGAAACCUGGUCUUCACUGGGAUCUUCACAGCAGAAAUGGUCCUUAAGAUCAUUGCCAUGGAUCCAUAUUAUUAUUUCCAAGAGGGCUGGAAUAUCUUUGAUGGAAUUAUUGUCAGCCUUAGUUUGAUGGAGCUUGGCUUAGCAAAUGUGGAGGGACUAUCUGUACUGAGAUCAUUCAGACUGCUUCGAGUUUUCAAGUUGGCAAAAUCCUGGCCCACUUUGAAUAUGCUAAUUAAGAUCAUUGGCAAUUCUGUGGGGGCUCUAGGUAACCUGACCUUGGUGUUGGCUAUCAUUGUCUUCAUUUUUGCUGUGGUCGGCAUGCAGCUCUUUGGUAAGAGCUACAAAGAAUGUGUCUGCAAGAUCUCUAGUGACUGUCAACUCCCACGCUGGCACAUGAAUGACUUCUUCCACUCCUUCCUGAUUGUGUUCCGGGUGCUGUGUGGAGAGUGGAUAGAGACCAUGUGGGACUGCAUGGAGGUCGCUGGCCAAACCAUGUGCCUUAUUGUUUUCAUGUUGGUCAUGGUCAUUGGAAACCUUGUGGUUCUGAACCUCUUUCUAGCCUUAUUGUUGAGUUCGUUUAGCUCAGACAAUCUUGCUGCUACUGAUGAUGAUAAUGAAAUGAACAAUCUCCAGAUUGCAGUAGGAAGGAUGCAAAAGGGAAUCAAUUAUGUGAAAAAUAAGAUACGGGAGUGUUUCCAAAAAACCUUUUUAAGAAAGCCAAAAGCUAUAGAAAUCCACGAAGGCAACAAAAUAGACAGCUGCGUGUCCAAUAAUACUGGAAUUGAAAUAAGCAAAGAGCUUAAUUAUCUUAAAGAUGGGAAUGGAACCACCAGUGGUGUAGGUACCGGAAGCAGUGUUGAAAAAUAUGUAAUCGAUGAAAAUGAUUAUAUGUCAUUCAUAAACAAUCCCAGCCUCACUGUAACGGUGCCAAUUGCUGUUGGAGAGUCUGACUUUGAAAACUUAAAUACUGAAGAAUUCAGCAGUGAGUCAGAACUAGAAGAAAGCAAAGAGAAAUUAAAUGCAACCAGCUCAUCUGAAGGAAGUACUGUUGAUGUUGCUCCACCCCGUGAAGGCGAACAAGCUGAAAUUGAACCUGAGGAAGACCUUAAACCAGAAGCUUGUUUUACUGAAGGAUGUAUUAAGAAGUUUCCAUUCUGUCAAGUAAGUAUAGAAGAAGGCAAAGGAAAAGUCUGGUGGAAUCUUCGGAAAACCUGCUACAGCAUUGUUGAACACAAUUGGUUUGAGACUUUCAUUGUCUUCAUGAUCCUUCUCAGUAGUGGUGCUUUGGCUUUUGAAGAUAUAUACAUUGAACAGCGAAAGACUAUCAAAACCAUGCUGGAGUAUGCUGACAAGGUCUUCACUUAUAUAUUCAUUCUGGAAAUGCUUCUCAAAUGGGUAGCUUAUGGGUUUCAAACAUAUUUCACUAAUGCUUGGUGCUGGCUAGAUUUCUUGAUCGUUGAUGUUUCUUUGGUUAGCUUGGUAGCCAAUGCUCUUGGUUAUUCAGAACUUGGUGCCAUCAAAUCCCUACGGACAUUAAGAGCUUUAAGACCUCUGAGAGCUUUAUCCCGGUUUGAAGGCAUGAGGGUGGUUGUGAACGCUCUUGUUGGAGCAAUUCCCUCUAUCAUGAACGUGCUGUUGGUUUGUCUCAUCUUCUGGUUGAUCUUUAGCAUCAUGGGUGUGAAUUUGUUUGCUGGAAAGUUCUACCAUUGUGUAAACACAACAACGGGUAACAUGUUUGAAGUCAGUGAAGUUAACAAUUUGAGCGACUGUCAGGCUCUUGGAAAGCAAGCUCGGUGGAAAAACGUGAAAGUAAACUUUGAUAAUGUUGGUGCUGGCUAUCUCGCAUUGCUUCAAGUGGCCACGUUCAAAGGCUGGAUGGACAUUAUGUAUGCAGCUGUUGAUUCACGAGAUGUUAAACUACAGCCUGUGUAUGAAGAAAAUCUGUAUAUGUAUUUAUACUUUGUCAUCUUUAUCAUCUUUGGGUCAUUCUUCACUCUGAAUCUAUUCAUUGGUGUCAUCAUAGAUAACUUCAACCAACAGAAAAAGAAGUUUGGAGGUCAAGACAUCUUUAUGACAGAGGAACAGAAAAAAUAUUACAAUGCAAUGAAGAAACUUGGGUCCAAGAAACCUCAAAAACCCAUACCUCGGCCUGCAAACAAAUUUCAAGGAAUGGUCUUUGAUUUUGUAACCAGACAAGUUUUUGAUAUCAGCAUCAUGAUCCUUAUCUGCCUCAAUAUGGUCACCAUGAUGGUAGAAACUGAUGACCAGAGCAAAUAUAUGACUCUGGUUUUGUCCCGGAUUAACCUUGUAUUCAUUAUCCUGUUCACUGGAGAAUUUGUGCUGAAACUUAUCUCCCUCAGAUACUACUAUUUCACCAUAGGCUGGAACAUCUUUGAUUUUGUGGUGGUGAUUCUCUCCAUUGUAGGUAUGUUUCUGGCUGAGUUGAUAGAGAAAUAUUUUGUGUCCCCUACCCUGUUCCGAGUGAUCCGUCUUGCCAGGAUUGGCCGCAUCCUGCGUCUGAUCAAAGGGGCCAAGGGGAUCCGCACGCUGCUCUUUGCUUUGAUGAUGUCGCUGCCUGCGCUGUUCAACAUCGGCCUCCUGCUCUUCCUGGUCAUGUUCAUCUACGCCAUCUUUGGAAUGUCCAACUUCGCCUAUGUUAAAAAGGAAGCUGGAAUUGAUGAUAUGUUCAACUUUGAGACUUUUGGCAACAGCAUGAUCUGCCUGUUCCAGAUCACCACCUCUGCUGGCUGGGAUGGACUGCUAGCACCUAUUCUUAAUAGUGCACCACCUGAUUGUGACCCAGACACAAUUCACCCUGGCAGCUUGGUUAAGGGAGACUGCGGGAACCCAUCUGUUGGGAUUUUCUUCUUUGUCAGUUACAUCAUCAUAUCAUUUCUGGUCGUGGUGAACAUGUACAUCGCUGUCAUCCUCGAGAACUUCAGUGUUGCUACUGAAGAAAGUGCAGAGCCCCUGAGUGAGGAUGACUUUGAGAUGUUCUAUGAGGUGUGGGAGAAGUUUGAUCCCGAUGCCACCCAGUUCAUAGAGUUCUCCAAGCUCUCAGAUUUUGCGGCUGCCCUGGAUCCUCCUCUCCUCAUAGCAAAACCAAACAAAGUCCAGCUCAUUGCCAUGGAUCUGCCUAUGGUCAGUGGAGACAGGAUCCACUGCCUUGACAUUUUAUUUGCUUUUACAAAGCGGGUUUUGGGUGAAAGUGGAGAGAUGGAUGCCCUUCGAAUACAGAUGGAAGAUCGAUUCAUGGCAUCGAACCCCUCCAAAGUCUCCUAUGAACCCAUUACAACCACUUUGAAACGCAAACAAGAAGAGGUGUCUGCUGCUAUCAUUCAGCGUAAUUUCAGAUGUUAUCUAUUAAAGCAAAGGUUAAAGAAGGUAGUAAGUGAAUACAACAAAGAGUCAAUCAAAGGGAGGAUUGACUUACCUAUAAAAGAUGACAUGAUUAUUGACAAAUUAAAUGGGAACUCCACCCCAGAAAAAACAGAUGGAAGUUCCUCUACCACCUCUCCUCCUUCCUAUGACAGUGUAACAAAGCCAGACAAGGAAAAGUUUGAGAAAGACAAACCAGAAAAAGAAAGCAAAGGGAAAGAGGUCAGGGAAAAUCAAAAGUAAAAAGAAACAAAGAAUUAUCUUUGUGAUUAAUUGUUUACAGCCUAAGAAGGUAAAGCUUAUGUGUCAACUGGACUCCCAGAGGAGGUCUAUGCCAAACUGACUGUUUUAACAAAUACUCAUGGUCAGUGCCUAUAACAAGACAGUGACCUCUUCGUCAUUACAACUCUGUGAGUCAGGGUAUCAACAAUGACAAGAGGUUGCUGUUUUCAUUACCAGCUGACACUGCUGAGGAGAAACUCAAUGGCUACCUAGACUGUAGGGAUAGUUGUGCAAAAUGAUCAUUGCAACUACAUCAAACACUUUUAGUACAGUACUUGCAUCCACUCUAUUUUUAACUUCCAUAUCUGCCAUAUUUUUACAAAAUUUGUUCUAGUGGAUUUCCCUGGUCACUAAUUCAUAGUUUAUUCGUAAUACUAUGUCAUUAUUUUUGUA